AUGGCUGCUGGAGAGAAGAUCAAAGCCAAAAUCAAGGAGAAUCUGCCCGUGAGGGGACCUCAGGCACCUACCAUCAAAGAGUUGAUGCGGUGGUACUGUCUGAACACCAACACCCACGGCUGUCGCCGCAUCGUGGUGUCCCGCGGCCGCCUCCGGCGCCUGCUCUGGAUCCUGUUCACGCUGACAGCCGUGGCCCUCAUUUUCUGGCAGUGUGCCCUCCUCAUCUCAUCCUUCUACACCGUCUCUGUCUCCAUCAAAGUCCACUUCCAGAAGCUGGAUUUUCCUGCUGUCACCAUCUGCAACAUCAAUCCUUACAGGUACAGUGCCGUGCGGGACCUUCUAGCCGAUUUGGAACAGGAGACCAGAGGGACCUUGAAGACCCUGUAUGGCUUUUCAGAGAUUAUAUCUCGGAAACGCCGAGAGGCAGAGUCCUGGAGUUCGGCCAGGGAGGGCACAGGGUCGAAAUUCCUCAACCUGAUCCCACUGCUGGCCUUCGAUAAGGGUGAGACAAGCAAGGCAAGGGACUUCCGCACAGGACGGAAGCGGAAAGUCAGGGGCAGAAUCAUUCACAAGGCAUCAGACGUCAUGCAUGUCCAUGACUCCAAGGAGGUGGUGGGAUUCCAGCUGUGUCCAAAUGACACAUCCAGCUGUACAGUCUACACCUUCAACUCGGGGGUUAAUGCCAUCCGGGAGUGGUACAAGCUGCACUACAUGAACAUCAUGGCACGGGUGUCUCCGGAGAAGAAAAUCAACAUGAGCUACUCUGCUGAGGAGCUGCUGGUCACCUGCUUCUUUGAUGGGGAGUCCUGUGAUGCCAGGAACUUCACACGUUUCCACCAUCCAAUGUAUGGGAAUUGCUACACAUUCAACAAUGGACAAAAUGAGACUAUGCUCAGCACCUCCAUGGGAGGCAGUGACUAUGGGCUGCAGGUCAUCUUGUACAUAGACGAAGAGGAGUACAACCCCUUCCUGGUGUCCUCCACUGGGGCUAAGGUGAUUGUCCAUCGGCAGGAUGAGUACCCCUUCAUCGAGGAUGUGGGAACAGAGAUUGAGACGGCCAUGGCCACCUCCAUAGGGAUGCACCUGACGGAGUCCUUCAAGCUGAGUGAUCCCUACAGCCGGUGCACGGAGGACUGGAGUGACGUGCUGAUCACGAACAUCUACAAUGCUACGUAUUCCCUCCGGAUCUGCCUUCACUCGUGCUUCCAGGCAAAGAUGGUGGAGAAAUGUGGGUGUGCCCAGUUCAGCCAGCCUCUACCUCAGGGAGCCAACUACUGCAACUACCAGCAGCACCCCAACUGGAUGUACUGCUACUACGAACUGCACAAGGACUUUGUCCGGGGAGAGCUGGGCUGCCAGUCAGUGUGCAAGGAAGCCUGCAGCUUUAAGGAGUGGACGCUGACCACCAGUCUGGCACAGUGGCCAUCUGAGGUUUCCGAGAAAUGGUUGCUGUCUGUUCUCACUUGGGACCAAGGCCAAAUAAAGAAAAAACUCAACAAAACAGACUUGGCCAAACUCUUGAUAUUCUACAAAGACCUGAACCAGAGAUCCAUCGUGGAGAGCCCUGCCAACAGCAUCGAGAUGCUUCUGUCCAACAUCGGUGGCCAGCUGGGCCUGUGGCUGAGCUGCUCCAUCGUCUGCGUCAUUGAGAUCAUUGAGGUCUUCUUCAUCGACUCUCUGUCCAUCGUCGCACGCCACCAGUGGCACAAAGCCAAGGAGUGGUGGGCCCGGAGACAGGCGUCCCCCCGCCCCGAGGCUCCCCCCAGCCCUCAGGGUCAGGACAACCUGGGCCUCCAUAUAGACGAUGACCUGCCCACUUUCACCUCUGCCUUGUGCCUACCUCCAGCCCCAGCAGCCCAGGUGCCGGGCACGCCGCCCCCCAGAUACAACACCUUGCGCUUGGAGAGGGCCUUCUCCAGACAGCUCACAGGCACUGAGGUGCCAGCUGAGUCCUGA